AUGGCAAACUCGCAAAGGUCUACGGCCGCACAGGGCGAAGAGUCGGACCUUGAUCGCGUUUUGCAGGCAAACAGCCCAAGCACGGUGCGGCGUUCUUUGACAUUCACAAGUCUUCAGGAGCCCGAGCCAAGUGACGAUCCAGUCGAGACCGACUCGAUUGACCUGCGCCUCAGUACUCUUGAGACGCUCCGUGACAAGCUGCGCCGCAUCAAUAUGGCCGCACGCAGCCUCGCAGCCUCACAGAAUUCCGCAACUCAGGACACGCCGUCUGAUCCCGAACCGAGCCACGUUCGAGCUGAAGCCAGCGGCGCGCAGAAUGCUGAUGUCACCCGCCAAGCCGCGUUGGCCAAUAGCACACCACCUCGUCGCCCUCGGGCCACAGAUCCGAGCCCCAUGGCCAAGUCCCUCGCCGGAUUGCAGUCGGCACACGCUCGUCAGGACGCUGACUUUGACGCUCAGCUGCGGCGACAUCAACAACAACUGGCACAGCUGCACAGCAAUGCCAGCGAUAACAUGCGUCACUCCCUUGACACCAUGCUACGCUCCAGUCAGAAUUACCCCUUGCAAAGCACCAUGAUUAGCGCGGACGUCUCCAAUGGAGAGCCAGCCACCCAUACUUCACGCCAUGCUCCUGUUAGCCGUCAUUCAGAGACCAAGCCCGAGCUAGUCCCUACCACUGGGUCCAGCGCACCUGGUCAGCCCACGCACGCGCCCAGCUUGCCGGCUGGUCGCCAACUGGUGUCUGGCCCACGUGAUUGGUCUGCCGUUCACGCAUCAGCAAGCGACCUUGACACCGAAGAGCACCACCAUUCAGACUCGAACGCGCCUCGCGAUAUGGACUUGGACACCGACUCUGAACCAGAGUCAAAUGCCAACCAGGUAGAGGUGCGCGUCGAGGCCAGACAGGCCAACGCGGCCCGGUCCGAUUCUGAGCCAGACAAAAGCUCUGAAGCAACCGCCCAGCGAGUGUCCGCGCAUCCCUCCGCACCGGCCCCUCUGAAACCUGCUCAAGCACCAACAAUCAACUUGAACGGGUCGGAUGCAAGCCCACCCACUGCCCCGACGCACCACAGCCCCCUGCGUACAGCCACGCGUGUAGAGUUUACCUCGGCCACCGUGAACACCCAGCCCCAAGCUGAGCCUAGUCGUGAGGCUACCCAGGUAUGGCAGCUGCAAACCGAGGUUCUUCAUUUGCGCACAGAGCUGGCAACCUUGCGGCACAAGCGUCAGAUGGAUUUGCUCGAUGAAGAAGACGACUACCGUGCUUCGCAAACCCGCCAGCUUCAUGAGUCGCAAAUAUCCCACGCCUCUCAGCCGGCAGCACCGGCCCCUCAAGCGUCUGCGCCAGCAGAUGCUUCACCGUCGGACCGCGUGCCUCUGGAGCACCUGCAAGCAGCCCAUGCUCGAAUUGAGCAGCUCGAGGCCAGCCUACGCCUAUUAAACCGUGACAAGGAAGCAAUGCAAGUGCCGACCAGUUUGGCGGCAAGUCACAAUGCCAACGCCAACACGAAUGGCAGCACGCGCGCUGCCACUGCACCUCCCCGCGCUUCGCAGUUGCCUGUGCGUGUGGCGACCACACCCGGGCGCGCCACGAGUGCCACGCACCAUGGUCCAACCCAUCCCAGCACACGGGAUACGACCCUUGGUUUGGCGGCCGAAGAAGAGGGAGAGGGGGAUGAUUUGCACAUGUCGUCGUCGCGAACCUAUCGGGCGUCCGAUCGUUAUCGAGAUGAACUCAACGCAAGCCUGGUGGCGGCAGAGACGAGUCGUCUGCAACAAGAACGCGAACAAGCGCACCAGCGGCAACAGUACUUGCAGCAGCAACAACAGCACUACCUGCAGCAACAACGCCAAUUGCAGGCCCAACAACAACAAGCCCUGCUUGCGCAGCAAUCCCAUCACCCCCCGCACGUCCCAAAUGGCGCCGAACCAUAUCAUGUGCUGCAUCAUGAGGAGUUGGUGCCACAGCGAGGGCCGAUUAGCGGACCAGAUACGACACAGGACGAGCCCGAUCUAAUGUAUACCUCAGCCUUGAGCAGUGGCUCCACCAUGCAUGCCCAUCACGCCAACGAAGAGUGCGACUUUAACAUUUUUACGGGCGAGCCCCGCACCCAAGCGAACAUGUCCUUCACCGACAAGAAGCGAAACCGCCUGGACCCACAGACGCGCAUGGCCUGGGCUGAUGAAACGUCUAUGCGGCCCGCUAACACCAUGACUCCGGGCCGCAACUCGGCCUAUGACUCGGAAGGCCCAGUGGUGCAAGGUGACUGCCCGUCGUUUGAUGCCGAUCGUGUGCACUGUGAAAACAAACCCAUCCACAUCCACAUGCACGCAUGA